AUGAAAACUCGGGAAAUAGUCGCGUUUUUGUUGAUUUUCUGGGUCGCGACAACGCUGGCUGGACCUCAAUACAAAGAAAGGCGAAAAGAAACGGUGAAAACGUUGAGUCAAAAGAAGCCGGUGAAGCCGAAAGGUGUCUCGUGGAAUCCGAUUUGCACCGGAUGCAUUGCUGGUGUGGCCACAGCUGGUUUGAUUCUCAAAUUCGAUCAAAGUGAAUGGGCGGUGAUCCAAUUCGCAAAGACGAUCUGCAAGCUUUUCGCACAUCAACCAUGGACCGUUUGCGACGGGAUUAGCUCUCAAUUUCGGGACGAGUUCUUCUAUGUGUUUCGGCAACUUUCCUCAAGCCCAUCUCAGAUUUGCGGUCUAUUGAUCCCAGAUUGUGCCGAUCCGAACGAUCCACAAGAAGCCGGUUGGAGAGUCUCCUUGCCACCACGACCCAUCAAAAGAACUCCAUUCAUUCAACCAUUGAGAAGUGAACCGUUACGCGUAUUGCAAUUGUCAGAUCUGCACGUCGAUUUCGAAUAUAAAGAAGGGUCAGAGGCCGAGUGUGAUAGUCCGAUUUGCUGUCACGAAAGUGUUUCUUCUCCAACGAAAGCAGCCGGCUUUUGGGGCACAGUGGGUCGUUGUGAUGUCCCGUAUCGAACCCUCGAUGCGAUGCUCGAUCACAUCAAUCAGACGCUAUGGAUUGACUACAUUCUUUUGUCCGGCGAUUUCGUUAACCACGCCGAUUGGAUCUAUACGAAAGAGGAACAUCUCCAUGUCCUCCACAAUCUCUCCUCAUUGAUCACCAAGUAUUUCCCAAAAAUUCCCACCUAUUGGACACUCGGAAAUCAUGAAGGAGUGCCAGUGAAUAGUUUCGCCCCUCACUCAGCCCCGGAACGUUUCCUUCCCUCGUGGCUUUACUCGGCUUUCCUCAACAUUUCCGCCCCGUGGCUCGAUUCGGAGAAUAAUGAAACGAUUAUGUAUCGCGGCUCCUAUUCAACAGUGAUCUCCGAAGGUCUCCGUCUCAUCUCGAUCAACACCGGUUUCUGUGAAACAACCAACUUCUUCUUGUAUCUGAAUCAAAGCGAUCCCGAUGGAACAAUGUCAUGGCUAGUGGCUGAACUUUACAAGGCUGAGUUGAACGGUGAACGAGUUCAUAUUCUUGGUCAUAUCCCGCCCGGAGACGGUGAAUGUCUAGAGGGAUGGGCCAGGAAUUACUAUCAAGUUGUACAAAGGUUUAAUGAGACAAUCGCCGCGCAAUUUUUUGGCCAUGUACACUGGGAUUAUUUCACAGUUUUCUAUGAGAAUAUGCACGAAAUCACGUCGAAUCCGAUUGGUGUCUUGUAUGCAGCUCCGUCUGUGACGACUUUCGAGCAACUCAAUCCAGCUUUUCGAAUUUACACUGUUAAUCCAAAAAAGAAUUAUGAGAUCUCCAACUUUGAUACUUAUUCCACCAAAUUGGACACGGCAAAUGAAACUCAUCCACCUGAGUGGAAACUUCUCUAUUCAGCUAUGAAUUAUUAUAAUCUGACUGAUUUGAGUCCAAAAAGUUGGCACAAUUUGAUCGAGGAGAUUCAUGGAAAUAAGACGAAAGCUAACGAGUUUUACUGUUUGGCCACUCGAACAAACCCAACAACAUGCGACUCUGAAUGUCAAAAGACUCUUUCUUGUUCCCUCCGAUCCGGUCAUCACAAUCAAACCCUCUAUUGCCCUGAACAGAAACAUCAUCUCAACACAAAUCGAGUGCCUGGAAAAGCUUAU